AUGGAAGAGCGGAGGCUGACGAUCGCCGGAAACUCUAACUCUAAUAAUGGCCAGCUUCCAUCAACGAUGAUAGAGGAGAUUCUCUCAAGGCUACCAGUGAAGUCCUUAUGCCGCUUCAAGUGUGUCUCAAAGCCAUGGAGUUCCCUAAUCUCCGAGGACCCCGGUUUUGUUGCAUCGCACUUGUGCAAAGGCUUUGGGGAGGAUAUAUAUGAUCUACUCUUCCGAAGAAGAAGAAGAGUCAUAUUUACUGAUGCCGCAAGUAAUGGCCUCCACUCUAUGCAUCUUGACUACGAUGAUGAGUUUCUCAAUCAAAACAACGAAGAAGAUGCAUCAUACUAUCACGAUAAUCGCAAUCGUUGCUACAACGGCUUGUUGUUAUGCAUGUUUUUAUAUGACCCGCAGUUAUAUUUGGUUAACCCAGCAACAAGGCAAUCCAAGAAACUACCACGAAUACCAACCCAAUAUACAAUUGAUGACCUCUACUUUUGUAACGUAUAUGGGCUUGGAUUUGAUUCUUCCACUCACCAACACAAGGUCGUCAAUGGUGUGGUCUACAGAAGAAAUGUCCGUGGUGAUGAUGAUGAAGGAGGGGUUGAGUUUAAUGUGUAUGCAUUGGAAACUAAUUCUUGGCGACAGAUUCAGUACCUAUUUCCCUACCACAUCUUUCCAUGUCGAAAUAAAGGGACCCUGCUGAAUGGAAAUCUCCAUUGGUUGGGAACAAGAGUCGGAGAAGAUGACGAUGAUCACUCAUCUUUGUUGAUUAUCUCCCUCGUUUUAACACAAGAUCAGGAGGAGGUUGGAGAAAUUCCACUGCCGCAUGAAAUCAACUCUUCUCAAACUCGUCGUAGUAAGCUCGGGGUCUUCAGGGAAUGGUUAUGUGUAACGCUUGAGGGUGAUUAUGGUAAAGCAACACCAACAUACAAUGAGUUUUGGGUUAUGAAGGAAUAUGGAGUGGGCGAGUCUUGGACUAAAAUGAGGGUCUCCAUCCCAUAUUGGAACUUGUCACAUUCUGGUUUCUGGACAAAGUCUCAUGAUUUGAUGGUGUUUGAAGAAGAGUUGGUUAUGUACAAUUUUAACGAUCACAGCUUUCGGAAUCUACGCGUUCGUGAAAUCGGCAAAGUUGGUAGUGUUGAAACUUACUGGGAGAGCAUUGUUUCACUUAAGUAG